AUGGAUCUCGAUGUUGAAUCAACCAGUAUAACGGAACUGAGAAGUCAUUGUGAAACAUGUUUUCCGUUGAUGGAUGAAGUUGUACCGAUACGAGAGAAAUAUGUCGAUUUGCUAGAGUUUUCCAAUUUUAAUGGAAUCCCAUAUCCGAUUGUUGAUCCUUCGAAAAAACCAAGAAGGUUUUUAGCAGACUUUAGAUACUCGUGGUCUGUUCCGUUAAGCCACGACUAUCCGCUUGUUGAAAAAGAUGUAUUGUCAUCGAAACGUGUUCAUAAAGUUAUUUCAAGACUGAAAGAACAAAAUGAUGAGCAGAAAAAUCGAGCUGUCCAAUUUUUCACAGAAAUUAGCGCCCGUUUAUCAAAAUUCAUAUGCAAAUGUUGUGCGUACGUUCUGUACAAAGUAUUUAGAAGGCUAAUGGACAAACUUUUGGUUUGUAAAGAAGAAAUUCAAGAACUGAAAAGAGCAGAACAGACAGGCAUUCCAAUUGUAUAUCUCCCUCUACACAGAAGUCAUCUCGAUUACCUCCUGAUAACAUGGUGUAAUUGGCAUUUUGGUUUGAAAUUGCCACACAUUGCAUCCGGUGACAACCUCAAUUUGUCUGGUCUCGGAUGGCUUCUCCGCGCCACUGGAGCCUUCUUCAUACGUCGACGUGUCGAUCCAGACGACGAAAGAGGAAAAGAUCAACUUUAUCGCGCAAUUCUUCAUUCCUACAUCGAGCAGGUUCUCGGUAAAAAUAUGCCAAUCGAGUUCUUCUUGGAAGGAACGAGAAGUCGAUUCGGAAAAGUGCUUACACCAAAAAAUGGUCUGAUUUCUAAUGUAGUGGAGGCAGUUCAACACGGGUUCAUAAAAGACUGCUAUUUGGUUCCGGUUUCUUACACCUAUGACGCAGUCGUUGAAGGAAUAUUUUUGCACGAAUUGAUGGGAAUCCCAAAGGUCAGAGAGUCAGUUUUAGGAGUUUUCCGAGGAAUCUUCAGUGGAUUUCGCAAAUCGAAGCAAUGUGGCGUCGUGAGAAUGCAUUAUGGCAGACCAAUACGUUUAACAGAAUACCUCGCCACUAUCACUGCUUCGCUCUCAAAUCAUCGCACUCGUCCCGUUCGAAUGACGAAACUUUCCACGUCGUUCUCUUAUCGAGAACUUGUACCGUGGCAUCGGACACAUUCAGAAACUGUUGAUGAUCGUACGAUGAUCCGUGCCAUCGGAUUCCAUGUAGUUUAUGAAGCUCAAAUGAUGUGCUCAAUCUCACCAGUCGCUGUCGUUUCGUGUCUCAUUUUGGCUAAAUGGAGAGAAAAAACUUCGAGAAAUACAUUCGAACAGGAUUGUGUAUGGCUCUGUGAACAAAUAUUAUCAGAAGGAGGCGAUGUCGUGGGAUAUCAGUCGAAAAAGACUACGGGGAAAGCACUGGCAAGCUAUGCGUUUGAUAAACUUCAAUCCUGCGUGAAAGUUACCGAUGAAUACGUUGCGCCGAAGGAAUCGCACAGCUCAUUUAUACAAUUAGCCUAUAAUAAGAAUUCAGUAAUCUGUCGAUUUUCCAUCAAAUCAGUUAUUGCAAUGGUUAUCGUGUCUCGACCGGUUGACGCCACUCUUUCUUUCGAUGAAAUUGUAGAAGACACUCUCUCGCUUUGUGACUGGCUGCAAUUUGAUUUCUUGUUCUGUAGACCAUGUGAUAGUCUUCGCGAGCUUGUUCACAAUGUUCUUAGCAACAAUGAGUGGUCGCACCCAAUUCACGGAUUCCUGUGCUCGGAAAUCGAAGAAGAUGGAUUUUUAGAUGCGGGUGAUUUCAACAGCGGAACACUCCGGGUUCGUGAUUCCAAAUCUCGGGAGACAUUGCAUUUCUUCGCCAAUCUUGUUCGUCCAUUCAUUCAAUCUUUGUACCUAGUUUCAUCAUUCGUCACUUCUGAAAGAUGCUCUGUAGAACCAAUAUCCGAUAAUAAUGUCAUUCGUGAACUGUGCCAUGAGUCACUUGCCGGCAAAAUCAAUCUCCCUUUCUCACCUCUUCUUGAGUCUAUCAAUUCCGACUCUUUCAAGAAUGCUCUCCGUAUUCUGAAAGACAAAGGAUUAUUGCAACGAAAUCUCCCCAACUCAACUGCUCGAAGUAGCAAUUCUCGCCUCACCGAACUGAUUUCGAAUCUCCAAAGAGUUUUGGAAGUCAAGUAA